AUGGAGGAAGAAAAAGUCCACGCCUCGUUCGGAGUGCUGUACAAUAACGAAAAGGGGGAGCUAUACAUAACGAGCAGAUACCUGGUGUACAUUUCUGAGCGCACGAAAAGGGAAAAGGCCCAAAGCAACUCUCUUUUCCUCAUCGAUGACAUUGACUUGAAGCUAUGUAUAUUCAGUUGGAAGAAAACGGAAAAGUCCAAAAAGAAGAGUAAAACCAGAUUCACCUUCGCCAUAACGAACAAAAAAAAUAAUUUCUGUUUUCAUGACUAUAACCACACAGAGUCGUUCAUUUUUGAAUUCUUCAAUGACGAAGACAAUAGCAAGGUAUGCCAGAUUAUCAACACGCUGAAUAAGGAUAACAUAAAGAAUCACAUCUACAUAGAGUUUAACUUGCACUUAAUUAGAGACAAGUACAAAGUGUACGAGGAGUCCUCUGGGGUAAUAAUAGGAAAAGCUCAAUCUACAGGAAUCGCAGAAGAAGAGAAAAAAGGGGAUCACUUUAUCGAUAUUGUUAGUAGAGAGCAUAUUCCCCCAAAGCAUGGUGCCCCCUCACAUUUUGUAAAAAAGGAAAAUGAUGAACCAUGCGGGGAGGACAAAGACAUAGCAGUUAAACGGGACUCGGCUACAAGGACACUCCACCAUGGGAGUGACAAAAAUGGGGAGAGUAGCCAAAGUGAGGACAGCGACCAUAGUGAGCAAAAUAGUCUAUCGGAAGAUAACGCCAAGGAAAACGAAUCACUAAGCAGCCUGCACAAAAUGUUCGAGACGGAUUCACAGCUCAAGAACCUCUACCAAAUGUGUAUCCAAAACAACAUACUAACAGAGAAGGAAUUCUACAAAAUACACAAAAGCGACAUAUACGAGUAUAGAAAUAUCAGCUCCAGUGCGGAGGAUGGAAUUCUGAAGGAACCCCUAUUCAUAACGGAGGAACAAAAAAUGGCAAAGAGCGUCGAAAUAAAUAAACAAAUAAGCAGAGUUAUUUUGUCGGAGAACAAAGAGCUGAAGAAGCUCUACGAUUAUUACAUGGCCAACAAUAUCCUCAGUGAAAGCAAAUUCUGGUUCUUCCUUUUUAACAACAAAUAUAGCCACUUAUUUUUUUACGAUAAAAAUGAAAAGGACAUAAUGGGGAAUAAAAACUUCUUCUCCAUUAAGGGUGACCAGCAGAAGAGGGCAGGAGGGGUCGGUACGGACAUAGCUAGGGACAGGACUGAUGACCAGAGGGAUGCAACACGCACCACGGAUGAAGAAGAAAACACAUAUUACAAAAAUAUGUCCCUAUCAUAUGACAUGGAUAAUCCAAAUCAAGACAUAAAAGGGACAUUGGAAAAAUGCAUUUUAAAGGAAUACCUUUCCACCAAAUCGUACAAAAGGAAAAACAUCCUUUUUAACAACAACUACUAUUUAAAUGAAGAAAGUGCCCAGGGGUUUGGAUUAUUCACGAAUGAGAAAUAUUCCAAAGGGAGCAACUCCCACAACCUCCUAAUUAACAAAUUUAAUAAUUACUGCAUUGGGAUGAUAAAGGAUAAAACAUUUACCCUCGACACUUUUUACGAAGAUUUGAAAAACAAAAUUGAGGACACCGAUUUGAAUCCCAUGAAGGAAAAAAAAGAGUUGCAAUUUCAAAUCGAAAAAAAAAAAAAAAAACGGCCCUUUGAUAGUGAGACAGAUAAUGAAGAGUCGACUCAUGCUGCGGAACGGCUGAAUCAAAAGUUUGCCACGCUCCAGGACCAGCUCAACACAUUUAAGCAGCAUACCGGAAAGAAGAACUACACUGACUUGUUCAAUAUAGGGAGACUCCUGUUUGUCUCCAACACGAAGAAGUGCCAGAGCAACCAGUCCAUGCUGAUAGGCACGAUCGAGUACGAGCAGCACAUCCUCGACAUUGUGAAGGACUACCACGUGAAAGUGAACUAUUUGCUGAACUUGUUCUACACGUCGUGCAUUCCGGAACAGGAGAAGAGGAACAAGAUCCUGGAAAAUCUGUCCAAGAUUAAAGAGGAGAUACAGGCCAAGCAGGAGGAGUACAACAGUGUGCUUAUAAUGGGAAAGCCGCUGCUAAUUCACCUGUUUGAACAAAUAAGUAUCUGCAAGAAGUUUAAUGAAAAGCUGGAUAGGUACAUCCAGGAAAAGAGGAAGAAGGCAUGA